AUGGACCAGGUCCUGCCCCGACAGCAUGAUGAGAAGCUGCCUGACCCUGCCCGAGAAGACCCCAGGGCCAUGAUGGUGCUGGUGGCCAUGGACUCGGACGUGGACUGGGACGACCUUUGGGAUCAGUUUGAAGAGCGACGAUACYUGAGCGCACGGAAGUGGAAGGGCGGCGAGGACCCGUACCGGCUCCAUGCCUUUAACCAGCGGGAGAGCGAGAGGAUCCCCAGUGACCGCGCUGUCCGCGACACGAGACAUUACAGGUGUCUGGCUUUGCGCUAUCGUCCAGAUCUCCCACCAACCAGCAUCAUCAUUACCUUCCACAACGAGGCCAGGUCUACCCUGCUAAGAACAAUCCGAAGUGUGCUGAACCGCACGCCGGUGCAUCUCGUCCAUGAAAUCAUACUAGUGGAUGACUUCAGCGAUGAUCCUGAUGACUGCCGCUUAUUGGGCAAGCUUCCUAAGGUGAAAUGCUUACGGAAUGGACAACGAGAAGGUCUCAUCCGGUCCCGUAUCCGAGGAGCAGAUGUGGCACAAGCAGGAGUCCUGACCUUCCUAGACAGUCACUGCGAGGUGAAUAAGGACUGGUURCUGCCUCUGCUGCAGAGGAUCAAAGAGGAUCCCACCCGGGUGGUCAGUCCCGUCAUUGACAUCAUCAACCUGGACACCUUUGCCUAUGUGGCGGCUUCCUCAGACCUCAGAGGAGGUUUUGACUGGAGUCUGCAUUUCAGAUGGGAGCAACUUUCCCCAGAGCAGAAAGCCAAACGACUUGAUCCCACCGAGCCCAUUAAGACUCCCAUCAUUGCUGGGGGGCUCUUUGUGAUUGACAAAGCCUGGUUCAACCACCUGGGGAAGUAUGACAGUGCCAUGGACAUUUGGGGUGGGGAGAACUUCGAAAUCUCAUUCCGUGUGUGGAUGUGUGGAGGGAGCCUUGAAAUUAUCCCCUGCAGCCGCGUUGGACAUGUCUUCCGGAAGAAACACCCAUACGUCUUUCCAGAGGGAAAUGCCAACACGUACAUUAAAAACACCAAGCGCACGGCGGAGGUGUGGAUGGACGAGUUCAAGCAGUACUACUACGCGGCUCGUCCYGCAGCCCAAGGAAGGCCGUAUGGAAAUGUCCAGAGCAGAGUGGAGCUGCGGAAGAAGCUGAAAUGCCACAGCUUCAAGUGGUACCUGGAGAACGUUUAUCCUGAGCUUAGGAUUCCUGAGGAAUCGCUCUACCAGUCUGGGAUAAUCAGACAGAGGCAGAACUGCCUGGAAUCACUCAAGUCUGAAGGCCAGGAGUUCCCAGUCUUGAGCUUAAGUCCAUGCAGCAGCAGCAGCAAGGGCACAGCAGCAACACUCCAGGAAUGGACAUACACAUACAACCACCAAGUCCGCCAGCAGCAGUUGUGCUUGUCCGUGUACACCCUCUUCCCAGGGUCCCAGGUGCAGCUGUUACCUUGCAAAGAAGGGGAUAACAAGCAGCGAUGGGGUAAAAUCGGCUCGCGCAUUGAGCACAUAGCUUCACGCUUCUGUUUAGACACCGAGACGAUUGGGGACACGAACGAGAGUACCAAAGAGCUUGUCAUCAAUCCUUGUGAAAGUACAGCCAUGAGUCAGCGCUGGGACAUGGUSAUGUCUUGACCUGCUUGAGGACUUGCCUGGUUGGGCCAGACACUGAGACUUUGCUACGUGCAACUGAUAUACACCAAACAGAGCUUAAAUGCAAAAUCGUUGGGGGUCCUUGUGUGUUACUGGGCAGAAGAAUCCUUCAAAUAAAAAUAAGGACACCGUUUUCUAGGUUGAACAACAAAUACAGACUGCAGGAUGUGUAGGCAUUAUUGGCUAUUGGCAGUCAUACGUGCAAAGAGAAGGGAUGACAAGGAACCUUGAAGAAAUCUUGAAAUGUCUUUAAGUGAUCCUGAGGUUCCUGGGAUGGGCCCUGCUGCARUUCAGUGUGUGUUUAUUGAUCUCAUUGGAAACACUGUCCAAAGAGGCCCAAAGACCAAGAGGAGACUUGGACUUGGCAAAACAAACAUCUCGGGAGCUUUGUAAGAAGUGGGGCAGAUGCACAAGGAGAGGACUUGCCAAGGGGUAAAAAGAGACAUAACCUGGGGUCAGGUGGAAAACACUGAGUAGUCUUUGCACUUUUUGUUGGGGUGGUUGAGCUUGUCUUCUGAAGACAGUGUGAGCAGAGCUGUGUUGCACAUUUUAGUUUGUGUGUGAUCCAUGUUUGUGUUGUGUAUGCAGAGAGACAGAGCUGUCAUUUAGGAGUGCAGCCAGGAUCAAACCAGCAGGUAAUGGAGGAGUCCUGCUCAUGGGUGGUGUUACAUCUCCAAAGUUCAAGCAAACAGAGGAUUCAUUGUGUGAGAUGAAAGGAUSCAAACUGCUGUGACGCUGGAAGGAGAAGCGUAAUGUGAUUAUUUAACCUCUCUGGAGGCCAUGGGUGAGCCUCAGCCGCUAAAAACUCCCUUAUAAUCUCAAUAUAUGUCUCACUAUUUCACAUCUGGAAUAAGUUAAUUUUUCACUCUAUUCCAUAAAAGUAAUAUUUUUGAUAAUUGAAGGUAAUUGUGUCAUAUUUGUAUUUCUCAAUUUCCUGACAACAAAAGGAACAAAGGAGUUGAUUAAAACUAGAGACUGUGGUAAAGUACAAGGAUAGGUAAAGGAAUUACCUGGUUUUGCUUCCCAAGUGCCCAAGUAGCCCAAGUAGCCCAAGGUGUGAAUUGAUGAGGAAAUGCUUGGGGCCAUUUCUCUGAAGCCUGGGUCACAAAGUACCUCUCUUCUGACAUCUUUUCAUGUGGGCAGAUUUCUUUGUGUUUUGGCAUUAACCAGAAGUCAUGUGUAGGUGCUAAAGCUACACGACAGUUAUAAUUGCCAAAGGAGUAGAGGAUUAAAGACCACAGAAGAGGAAGGUACAGAGAAAAAUGAAGGGUUCUUUCCAAGCUCCCUUUCAGAGCAGAUCCCGCUAUGGUGACAGAUGACAGGCAGUGAAACACCAAGAGCUGCAUGUACAACUCUUGUGUAAUAACAGUUCUUGAGGAGAGUUUUCACAAGACUCUAAAUGUAACCUCAAAGCAAAUGCAGUUUGUGCCUCUAAAAGCCCUAAGUGGUAGCUGAGGUCGCAUCCUUUUGUCCCUGUACUGGAAACUGCAGCUAGGAUAUCGUAAGCUUUGAACCUUCAAGCUCCUUCAGCACCCUUUCUUGAAUAAUGUGUUAGAUUUCAGCAUUUUACUGCCUCAGUUUCUUCUUCCUCAGUGCUAGGAGAAAGCAAUAUAUGCAAAUCUCCUUGGCUUUAGUGGCAAAACCAGUAUAACUCCCUUUAUCUACAGAAGGUCAGAGUCUAUAAAUGCUUUUCCAUAUGCUGUAGUGAUUACUAAWCUAACAAAACUCCCAUGGUGCAGACCUGAAGGGCUUAUGUUACAGAAGGGCUGGAGUUAGCUCUCACUUUGUGGUGGUGGAUUGCAUUGUUUUAAUGUCACCACUUUCCAAAGGAAACAAAGGAGAAUAUUUGAAAUGUAAUGAACCGUUUCACAAAGAACGUYAGUGAUCUUAUGGCCCUUCUAUUUAAUUGAACCAGGAAGCAUCACACCUGCCUUUCUCCCUGCAGAUGACAGGCAAGUUUUAAUAAUUUCCUACUCAUUGCUCACAAGGGAAAGCAGCUUCCAAGAGCAUGCAGCUUAAUGAGGCCACACCUGGGCCGUGCUUGCAGCCUGACAAUGGAGUUGCUCCAAUUCUUAAUACUUAAAGAGAAAUGCUGCUGCUGCACACCCAUUAGCUGAACAACUUGGCUUUAAUUCGAAGUCCAGCAUCUGCCAGGUACACUCUGACCUAAAGUUUUAUAGCUUAUUAUUUUCCACCUGAGCCUGAACCAUCUGUUCUGCUGACAGCCAAAGUUCUCUAACCAGGUGACACUCUUCUUUGCCUUAGUAGAAACAGCUACCUCACUGCACACACGUGGGCUUGAACGUAUGUGUAUACGGGACCUGCAUAGAUGUAUUCUGGGAAUAAGUUGUUUGGACAACUCUCCAGCUCUCUUGCCUUUUGUGAAGGACUGAAUUGGAGUACUACAUACCCAUUGCAAGAUGCACAUGGGAGKGAUCACUGGGAACCUGCUUAGGGGUAGCUGGAGAGAGGAGGUGGGGAAUGUGACAUCAGGCCCGACAUCACCUGCGAGAGCUGCAUCACUCAGCUAAAUCUCUUGCCAGUCCAAAAGCUGCCAAAUACCUAAAAGUCCUGGGAAGCAGCAACUACUUCACAAACCGAGGAUUGUUCCUCAUGCAUCCAUCUGCUCCAGCCCUUGGACUACAGCAUGCCUCGUGGUCCAGGAAAUGAGAUUAGCCCUGUGGAUUAGCAAGGUUUUCAGAAGCCUGAGGGUGUGAGCGUGACUCCUGGGAAGCUUAAUAUAAGCAAGCAUGCAACAGCGUGGCACUUAGUGAAUCUUCCCU